AGCUCGGGAGGCGUGGAGCCCGGCUCGUGGCUCAGCGGAGCGGGGUUCCGGCUGGGGCAGCCGUCGCCUCCCCUGCUUCCCAGUGCCCGGGAGUGAGCCCCGGGCAGCGGGGCCAUGGGGUUGCUCCCGGCCGUCCGGGGCGCCACCCGGUGCUGCUCUGGUCGCCUCAUGACCCGCGCUUUCUCCCAGGAGGCGCGGCCGGGUGGGGAGGAGCUCGGCCGCCUGCGGCUGGAUGACCUGGCGCCGGCUGCGCGGCUAGAGCUGCUGUUUGGCCUGUCCCCGUGUCUCCUGGCCCUGCGGGCCGCCCGCCGCCGCGUGGCGCGGCUGCUGCUCCAGGCCGGGAGGGCCGUGCCGCAGGGGGAGCGCGCGGAGCUGCUCCGGGCGGCCGAGGCGCGGGGCAUCCCGGUUCUGCGGCCCAGACGGCAAAAGCUGGACGCCCUGUGCCGCCACCAGGUCCACCAGGGCGUCUGCAUGGAGGUGAGCCCUCUGCAGCCCCAGCUCUGGACUGAGACCACGGGGGCGGGCCCAGGUGCCGACCCCCAGCAGCUGUGGCUCGUUCUCGACGGGCUCCAGGAUCCCCGGAAUCUUGGGGCCGUGCUGCGCUCCGCUCACUUCCUCGGAGUGGAUAAGGUCAUCACCAGCCGGAGAAACAGCUGCCCGCUCACCCCGGUGGUCAGCAAGGCCAGCGCGGGGGCAGUGGAGGUGAUGGACGUGUUCUCUACGGAUGACCUGGCCGGUUUUCUACAGGCCAGAGCGCGGCAGGGCUGGCUCGUGGCCGGUGCCGUGGGCCCCCCAGGGCCUGAGACUGCCCAGUCGUCCGAGGUCCCCGUCACCAGUUGCCUGGACUUCCUGUGGGACCGACCGACUCUGCUUGUGCUGGGGAACGAGGGCUCUGGUCUGUCCCAGGAGGUGCAGGCCUCCUGCUGCCGCCUCCUCACCAUCCUGCCUGGGCGCCAGCUGCCCCCCGGACUGGAGUCGUUGAAUGUCUCCGUGGCUGCAGCCAGAGGAAGGCUCUCCCCGCAGACGGGGACGGAGGGCAGCUUCUCCGAGACCCCACAGGACCUCUCAGCCCCGUCUGAGGCCUCAGCAGCCCAGCCCCCGGGGCGGCCCCGGGCUCAGGAAACCAAGAUGGCAGCUGACUUGGACCGUCCGAGACGUGCGUGUGUCUGAGUCGGUGCGUCCACCCGCGGCCUCCGGGGGGCCGGGUCUCGGCCUGUCUCACGCCUGGGUGAUGACCACGGUCUCCGGGGCAGGGCACCCAGAGAGGAAGUUGAGACUCCUGCUUCGCUGUUGGACUUGCAGUUGCGGGUGGCAUUUUGUUCAUUUCCAGCUCUGCCCAGGACGGGGUGGGGUGAGUGUCCUCCUGCCUGGACGUCAGGGGGAGCGGGCGGCCCAGAGCAGGGGUCGGAUUCCCCGCCAAGUGGCGAAUGCGUGGGCCUGACAGGCCGGGGGCCGAGCUGCACCUACCUCACAGGGCUGUUGUGAGGAGCCAAUAAAACAUGGCCUGGUAUCCAGUGGGCAGCUCUGCAAUGGGAGCGUCUGUCUGGUUCGCCCAUUAGGUGGCAGCCUCGCUCUGUGGGCCGCAGUCUUCCCGAAACCUCAGGCCAAGGCGGCCUCAGGUGGGGGUGGGGCGUGUAAGAGGCGUCCCAGUGGAAGGAGCCAGCCCACAGCCAGAGCCCUGCCCUUGGAGGCCCUGCGGACUGCAUUGCUGGUUGCCUUGUACCCAGACAGGGUGGUCCCCCUCCCGGGUCAGCAGGGCUGCCGGGCGGGCCAGCACCAACCCCAGAGAGUGUGAAGUGAUAGGUCUGGGUGACACCUGCGCAUCACAAAAAAAUUUUUUUCCUUUCACUUUAGUUGAAAGGCAGCGAGAGAUCUUCCAUUUGCUGGUUCACUCCCCAAAUGCCCUCAACAGUCAGAGCUGGGCCAGGCUGAAGCCAGGAGUCCCGAAACCCAAUCUGGGUCUCCCACGUGGGUGGCAGAGACCCAGUACAUGAGCCACCUGCUGCCUCAGGAAGCUGGGUCAGAAACGGAGGCAGGACUUGCACCAGGCCCUCUGCCACAGGAUGUGGGCCUCUUGGGAGGCGCCAUAACCGCUGUGCCAGACGCCUGGCCCGCAACGGAUGUGCGGCCAAGACAGAACCGCCAGGGCGGUGUUCCUCACCCUCUGCACCCCGGGCACUUGGGGCCGGUAAUUCUUCAUUGGAAAGCACCGUGCUGUGUGUCGUAGGACGUUUUGUGGCACGGCUGGCUUUUAUCCACCAGAUGCCAAUAGCGCCCUCCCCUAGAAAUGUCCCCAUGCUUUGCCACGUGUGCCCCACGGGACAAAAACACUCCUGGCUGAGAACUGUGUGUGGGGUUAGGGGACAGCAAGCACUCAGUUGUAAUCCUGAUUGCUGUGUGACCUUGGGUAAGCUCCCUGCCCCCAAGCCUCAGUCCCCUCCCUAGAUACUCGGUGCCGUGCAUACAGCAGGUGCUCAAUAAGUAAAACACACACAUACCAGCCCCCCUGGGAUCUGUCUGGAAUGAAUUUCUUUUGGAAUUCUAGUGGUGAUGCCAGCUGACAGCAACAUCUGUUUAAAGAGGGCUUCAGAUGUCUCUUUACAGUCCAAGUUUGCACUUUGAAGAAAGACAAAAGCCCCCAUCAAAUCCACUGAUCCCUGGCGUGUGUGCCCACGGGAUACGCGUCCCUGGCUCUGCCCCGGCUUUGGCCUCUGCUGGGGCUGUUUCACUUGGGCGGCACCUGAGGAGCCGUGGCUGGGGGAGGGGGUCACUUAAUGGUGCAGUGCCCGGAGGCACCGGGGUCAUCGUUUCUCCAAUGCCCCCGCUGACCGCUGCGGCUAGGUUCAACUGUUACUGUCCGUGCCACCUGCUCCUGAGUGCGUGCCAGGAUGAGCUCCCUUCCAGCCCCGAGGGUCUUUGUGUGGCUUUCGCGAUGGCUUCUCGGUCUCCACGUCUGUGAAAUGGGGAGAGUGCCAUUAUAAUGCUAGCUCCAUUCACUCCUUUUUCAACAAGGGAGUUAUAAAAAUGAGAGACUAUGGGGCUGACAGUAGGUUAAUCCUCCGCCUGCGGCGCCAGCAUCCCAUAUGGGCGCCAGUUCUAGUCCCGGCUGCUCCUCUUCCAGUCCAGCUCUCUGCUAUGGCCUGGGAAAGCAGUGAAGAUGGCCUAAGUGCUUGGGCCCCUGCAUCCGCGUGGGAGACCCGGAAGAAGCUCCUGGCUCCUGGCUUCAGAUCAGCGCAGCUCUGGCUACUGCAGCUAUUUGGGGAGUGAACCAACGGAAGGAAGACCUCUCUCUCUGUCUCUCCCUCUCACUGUCUGUAACU